AUGAGUCUCUACUCCGGGAGUGAUUCGGAGUACUUUGCCGUCUCCGACUCUGACGCAGAAGCGGGCCCGGCUCCUCCACGCAGCGUCUGCCACGAUUCCGGCAUGCAGCCGCAGAGUGGGAGCCCCGCGACCUUGGUGGGGACGCAGGAACAGAAGAACGCCUCCGGCUCCAACGGGGGUUCAUUCUUCCAGCAGCCCACCUGCUUUGUUGUGGAUACCAACGCCUUUCUGGAGACGGACCUGGUGUCCCAACUGGCGGAGAUGGCGUUACAGCACCUGUUUAUUGUGCCCACAAAAGUUCUUUUGGAGCUGAAGAGACUGAGUGAAGAGGAGGGCCAAAAAAGGGCGACGGAAGUGCUUCGGAUGAUUAAGUCGAUGGAGCAGCUUUGGAAUGCGGAGAAUGAACAGGAAGGCGACGUAAACGCCGGCAUUGCCACGGGACUCCGCUUACAGCGGGCAAAAGAGAGAGACAGUUACGUGUUGCGAGCAGCCCGUAACUACGACGACCACAUAUUGUCAUGUGCAUGUCACUUUACUCGUUAUCAAAGAGAUAUGCCAGUUAUCUUGCUUACGGGCGAUGAAGUGCUUUCGCUGAAAGCGUAUGCAGAGGGGGUACUUACGUUAAAAACCCUGGGGGAUUCCCAGUAUCCUGUGCGCCGGUAG